GCAGUACCAAAAAAAGAUGUAGUAUUACCAAAAGAAAUUCCACCGCUGCUCGUAGACAUGCACGCUAAUUACAUCAUAUCAUACAGCGCUGACAAGGACGACUAUACAUACGUCAUGACUGAAUAUUUAAGAAUGUCAGGAGUCUACUGGGGUCUGACAGCCCUGGACCUAGUAGGUCGUCUAGAAGACAUGGACAAAGCCGAAAUAUUCGAUUUUAUAAAACAGUGCCAGCACGAGUGCGGUGGAAUUGGUCCCAGCAUAAAGCACGACCCUCACCUGCUCUACACCUUGAGCGCCAUACAGAUUCUAAGCAUGUACAACGCGCUAGAUGUAAUUGACACUGAGAAAGUUGUCAAGUAUGUAAAAGAACGCCAGCAACCAGAUGGAAGCUUUGCUGGUGAUAUCUGGGGCGAGAUAGACACCAGUUGCAUGAACUUUGAUGGUGGAUUUGGUUCCAAGCCAGGUUCUGAAAGUCAUGCUGGAUUAAUUUAUUGUUGCUUAGGAUUUCUAUCAAUUACCGAUCGCCUCGACUUGGUGGAUGUCGAUAGACUAGGCUGGUGGCUCUGUGAGCGACAGUUACCAUCCGGUGGCUUGAACGGUCGGCCCGAGAAGUUACCAGAUGUCUGUUACUCCUGGUGGGUCUUAUCUUCUUUAACGAUUCUCGGCCGAUUGCACUGGAUUGAUAAGAACAAGCUGGUCGAGUUCAUCUUAGCUUGUCAAGACACCGAAACCGGUGGAUUUAGCGAUCGUCCCGGCGACAUGGUCGAUCCAUUCCACACUUUGUUCGGUCUAGGAGCCAUUUCGCUUUUAGAAGCCGAUCCACGAGUCAAGCCAAUCAACCCCGUAUUUUGUAUGCCUGAAUAUGUACUCGAAAGAAUGGGUGUAAAAGCUACGAUUCUAUUGAGAUAA